CCGGUGCUGCCGGUUCGCGGGCCGUCCCCACCCAGAGCCACGGCACUGCCAGGACUCCCGGGAGCUGCAGGACCCCCGGGCUGCGCUGGAAGCCGGGACUCCGCAUCCUCCCCGGUUCCAGCGGCGCUGCCCACCCGGUGGAGCCUCUCGGGGCCGUCGGGGCGGCGCUGCCCGGGGCCGGGGCGGCAGCGGCGGCGGCCCCCGGAGCCUGGCCCGCCGUCAGGGGAACCAAUGCGGAAUUUCCUGGCUGGCGGCGGAGCCCCUCCCGCCGCCGCAGAGAGGGGCGCGGGGGAGGCGGCGGCGGAGCGAUCGUAGCUCGGCUUCCGCCCGCCGAGCGGCAGCGGAGACCGGCGGCGAGCGGGGGGCAGCGCCCGGCCCUGGCGGGGCUGUGCCGGCUGCGGCUGGGCCCCGGCGCUCCGCCGCUGAUGGCGGCCCGUGGGCUGCGGCCGCCUCGCCGCGCCCGGGCCGGGGCCGCGCUGCUGCUGCUGCUGUCGGUGCUGGGGCGCGGAGCCGCCCAGGAGCUGAGCCCCCGCGGCAGGAACGUCUGCAGGGCCGCCGGCUCCUCAGCUUUCGUGUGCUGCCAGGGAUGGAGGCAACAAGGGAGCGAGUGUUUAAUAGCCGUGUGCGAGGGGAACUUCACCUGCAAGGAGAACGAGGUGUGCGUCAGGCCCGGCGAGUGCCGCUGCCGCCACGGCUACUUUGGUGCCAACUGCGACACCAAGUGCCCCCGGCAGUUCUGGGGUCCCGACUGCAAGGAGAUGUGCACCUGCCAUCCCAAUGGGCAGUGUGAGGAUGUGACGGGCCAGUGCACCUGCAACCUCAACCGCUGGGGCCCCAAGUGCGAGAACAUCUGCCUCUGCAAGCACGGCAAGUGCGACCAGAGGACGGGCAAAUGCACCUGCGAGCCCAACUGGUGGGGCCCACAGUGCUCCAGCUCCUGCUACUGCAGCCACAACUCCCAGUGUGACCAGCAGACAGGCAACUGCCUGUGCCAGCCGGGCUGGUGGGGGCGUGGCUGCAACAACCAGUGCUCCUGCAACAACUCGCCCUGCGAGCAGUUCACGGGGCGCUGCCAGUGCCGGGACAGGACCUUCGGGCCCCGCUGCGACCGCUACUGCCAGUGCUACAAGGGCAAGUGCAACCAGGUGGACGGCACCUGCACCUGCGAGCCGGGCUACCGGGGCAAGUACUGCCGCGAGCCGUGUCCGGCCGGCUUCUACGGCCAGGGCUGCAGGAGGCGGUGUGGGCAGUGCAAGAGCCUGCAGCCGUGCACCGUGGCCGAUGGGCGCUGCCUGACGUGUGAGGCGGGCUGGAAUGGCACCAAGUGCGACCAGCCCUGCUCACCUGGCUUCUACGGAGAGGGCUGCGAGAAGCUCUGUCCCCCCUGCAAGGAUGGCCACACCUGCAAUCACAUCAAUGGCAAAUGCUCCCACUGCAAUCCAGGCUGGAUCGGAGACCGGUGUGAAACCAAGUGCCGGAACGGGACAUAUGGGGAGAACUGCGCCUUCGUCUGCAGCGACUGCGUCAAUGGCCAGUGCCACUUCGAGACUGGGCAGUGCCUCUGCCACCCCGGCUCCCAUGGCACAUACUGUAACCUGACGUGCCCUCCUGGGCGCUACGGAGCCAACUGUGCCGAGGUCUGCAGCUGCCAUGAUGGUGCCUGUGACCCCCUGACGGGCGCCUGCCACAUGGAAGCCAACCAGAGGAUGGGGGUGAUCGGGGCUGGGGCCCUCCUGGCGCUGCUGCUCAUCCUGCUGCUCUCCCUGCUCUGCUGCUGCUGUGUGUGCCGCAAGAAGGACGAGGCCAGCGGCUCCAGCCACGACCCAGCAGCAGCCAAGAAGCCUCCAAGGCGUUUGUGUGGGCGGUUCAGCCGGAUCGGGAUGAAGCUCCCACGCAUCCCCCUGCGCCGCCAGAAGCUGCCCAAGGUCAUGGUGGCCCACCAUGACCUGGAAAACACCCUGAACUGCAGCUUCAUCGAGCCACCCUCUGUGGUGGAGCAGCCUUCCCCAUCCUGGUCGUCCCGCGGCUCCUUCUCUUCCUUUGACACCACGGAUGAGGGGCCUGUGUACUGUGUGCCCCAUGAAGAGAGCAUGGGCGACAGCAGGGACAGAGGGACACCUGCCGGUCCCGGGGACAAGCUGGUAGCCCCAGUCAGCGGGGAGGAAGCAGGAGAAUACACGUUCCUGAAGGAGACGGGCUCCGUCAGAGCCUUCCCAACCGACAGCAGCGAGACCCCCCUGCUCAAAUCCUCGGACAGCGAGCGCUCCUCCUGCGGCUCGGGCUCGGCCGGCGCCGCGCUCUACGCCAGGGUCGCCCGCCUCUCCAAGCAGUCCAGGGAGGAAGAGGAUGCCAGCGCGGAGCCUCGCAGCCCCGGGAAGCCGCCGUCCCCGGAAAGGACCAAGCCCCGUCCUCCAGACCCGGCCACAAAGCCCAAAAUCUCCUGGAUCCACGGCAGGUACAGCUCUGGCCAGUCCAACUCGCUGCCGGCGCCCAGCCAGUCCCCAGAGCAAGUGGCCGCGCGCUCCGGCAGCCCCGAGCAAGGCCAGGGCUUGGCCAAGAGGAAGAGGAGUCCGAGCGAGACGUCGGCCCAUGUGCAGGGCAGAGCGGAGGAGAAGGGCGGUGCCCGGAGCAAGGAGAAAGCGCAGAAGCAACCGAAGGAGCCCGGCGUCCCCGAGGGCAAAUCCAGCCUCUACGGGGAGCCGCAGUCACCCACCAAACCCAAGCAGAGGAGCAAAGCCGGCUCCGAGCCCAUGGAGACCAUCAACGGGGCGGUGCAGAACGCCUUCCGAAAGAUGGGCGCCUUCCAGCCGGAGCGGCGCGCCGGGGACGCCAGGGAUGCUCCUUGCAGCCCCGGCACCAGCAAACCCCGCUCCGAGCCGCUGCAUCCCCAGCUGGCCUCCGAGCUGGCCGCCCAGCUGAAGGAAAAGACUCAGAGCCUCAACAAGGGGGACGGAGGCAUCCGGGCGAACGGGGUGGGUGCCCAGCGGGAGAAGCCCACCCCUCCGCAGAAAGCCAAGCGCUCGGCGGCCGCCGGCGGCCAGAAGACCAGCAAACCCUUGCUGCCCACCUCUCCCCAUCUGCAAAAACUGAUCCCUGCGGCCGCCGAGACGGCAGCCGGGGAGCCCAAGUGGAUGGAGAAGCCAAGUGCCGGCAGCGGCCAGGAUCAGACUCUCCCCACUGAGCAGACAGCCAAGAAAACCCCCAUUAAGAAGCCUCCCAGGAAGAAGAGCCGGGAAGCGAGCCUGGAGCCGCCCAGGGCAGCUGCUGUGCCUGCUCAGGCAGUGCAGUGACCAGGAGCCGCACGCCGGGCAGAAGGACAUUAGCCAGCACAACCAGCGAACGUGGGAGCCUGGACUAGGCUGGGGGCACUGGAAGAGCCUUGACCCUCCCUUUAUCCACCUCACUCAUCUCCCUUUCUGCCUUAGUGCCUCCUGCCCCAGGACCCGGUCCCUCACUCUGUGCCCUGCUCCUGCUCUCUGCCCAGGAGCCGGCCCGGCCGCCAGCCCGGGGGGGCUCCGUGUCUGGCGUGUCCCCCCCCUCCCCUUUUUUUGUAGCAGUAUUAUCGACCGCAUAAGCAGCGCUUGUUGUACUAGAGUGCCCACGGUAUAUUCUGCAGUAACCGAGCCGCUCGCCUCCCGCGCUCCGCCCCGGUCUCUCGGGGUCGCGGAGCACGGGAGAGGGAGGGAGCUGCUGCUUAGUGCCCCGGGCAGUGCCAGAGAUGUGCCCCACGCCAUCGCUGGCAGCAGCUCCCCUGCCCCGGCGCCCUCCAGGCACAGCUCUCCACUGCCGGUGCCCGCCGGAGUGGGGUCGAGCUGGUUUCGACCGAUGCCACCCUCCCUCCCUCCCCUCCGCCAUGGCGCUGCUCCUGGCCAGGAGGAAGCACUAUUUAUGGAUGGAGGUGGACGCCCUUGGGGUUCCUGCAUCCCAUCCAAUGGAGUUGGAGGGAUUCGUUUGGUAUGAGAGAGCCUGGCACCUCUGCAGAGCGCUUUCCUAAUAAAAAUGUAUUUCUUCCGUAGCUGGAUGCCAUCUGUCCCUGCCCCAGCCUUGCCGUGGGCAGGCAACAUGCCUAGCCUUGCUUGGGUGCUCCCUGGUCCAGAGUGGGAUGCAGGGGGGAGAUGGAUGACCUUGCAGCAGCACAGACUGGUGGUAACAAGCAGCAGACAAAUGGGAGGCAGGUUCCCACUGGGGCUGCUGCUACACAUGCUCACCUGCUGUGAGAGAUGAGCCCUGAGGACAAGAUGAGGAGCUCCCUUCCUCCAGUAUCCAGUGUUAUCCCAGUGCUUGCUGGUCCUGUGGUCAGACACUGCUCAGUGCAGCCUGGGUCAGGCCCUGAGGUUCAAGAGAGCAGAGCGCCCACCCCUGGGUGCUCAGGGUGCUGGGACACAAAUGUGGGGGGCAUGGGAGUAACCCCCUGCCCAGGGGUUGCCAGCUCUGUCAGCAAGCCCAGGGGCAGCCCAGAAGCUGAGGCUUCUCCCACACAGCUUCUGUCCAAGACUCCUAAGCAGGACUCUCCCUGACACUAGAAUUGGGGCUGUCUCUUUCCAGGGCAGCUGGGAGCAUUGGUGCCCACCAUGGAGCCGUCCUGUUCCCACAGUGGAGGUUGAUAUCCAGAAAACCACCAGACCAAAAGGUCAAUCACAGCAAUCUCAGAGGUGAUGAAGGCAGCUGGUGAGCACCAGAAUGGGAUGAGACCCCAUGGAACCAGGACUGCCACCAGCCCAGUACAGCACUCAGGAGGGGAUGGGGCUCUGGCCCACACCUGGGCAUGGCUCAGCAUUGUGCAGCUGCAGCCAGCACAGUACCUGACAUGUCUGGAGAAGCAUCAUCACGUAACACAAAGCUGAAGAAUGACAUCACAGCAUUGUUUCACAGGCUUCUGGUCACCUUUCAAAGUUUCUUCACUCUGUUUCCCCUUUCCUUCAGGUUUUAUUUGGGAAGAUGAAGGACAGUGGCUGAAACUAGUCCUGGGACAUCACACAGUGCAGAAAAAGGAGUGGAUGAAUGAGCUCAAUGUCGCCAGAUACAAAACAGAGAAAAUCAAUAGAAAAAUUGAGACACUGAAUCCGUGAGACCUGGGAUGGCAUCCAAGCCCCUCCUUCCACCAUAGAGGUUGUGGUUGGACAAACUGAAGAGGCUUCCAAGACACUCAGAUUUAUAACUACCCAUAGGUCAGUAAAAGAAAAGUAAAGGAGUUGAAUGCAGGCAAUAAAAGUGCACUCUCCUGGAGAGGAAUGUUAUUCCAAGAUUGAACCUGAAUCUCCCAAGCUUCAGCUGGUGACUGUUUAGCCCAUUGCAUCAUUCAGCACCACCAAGAAGGGUUCAACUUUAUCAUGAAGCUACGUUAGAAGAAAUUUAGGCUGAUUAACAGGGACUAACACCCCCAGAGGGUGAUGGCACUGCCCAGGCUCCCCAGGGAAUGGUCCUGGCCCCAAAGCUGCCAGAGGUACAGGAGCAUUUGUGUGCUGCCAGUGCUGCCAGGGAUGGACAGGGUGGGAUUGUUGGGGGUCUGGGCAGGGACAGGGGCUGCACUGGAUGGUCCUGGGGGUCCCUUCAGCUCAGGAUAUUCUGUGAUUCUCUGACCUUAGCCACUGACUGUUCUCAGAAUCCUGUCCCCAGCCCAGCCCUGCCCCCUCCUCCUGGUGCAAUGUGUGCCAGCCCCACGAGCAUGUUGAUAUUCCUUGUCCAGGCCUCUCCAGUUUCUUCACAUCCCUCUUGAACAAGGAGACCACAUCUGGACACCUCCUUCAGACAUCUGCCUGUGCCCUCCCCAGCAGCUCCCACUAUGGGCUUUGCCUGGCUCUGAGGAAAAACAGUAAACUGAUGUCCACCCUGA